AUGGCUGUACGCAAGAAGUUGGACCGGUCUUUGGAAAACUCGCUGUCGACUGCCAUUCCGGACCCGAAAACAACACCAACUCCGUUAACUAGGAACCGGGUCUUGAGGAUCUCGGUACUCGUUUCUCACCUUGAUGAUCCACUUCAACCAUCCGUCGAUUCCACCAAGAUACCGGAUCGUGUUGUUGACGAAGAUCUGGGAAACUCCACUUGGGGCUCGCGAACUCACGUCAGAGUGCUUGGUGCAGCUCUCCACCACAGACUUGUGAGCCACAAUAAAUCCGAGUCUCAGACCCGGAGCAAACACUUUGGAGAACGUUUCUGUUCUCACGACUCUUCCAGUCUUGUCCAGAGAAAUGUACGAUCCGUGGAGAGAGUUGAUAAAUUGUUCAGGGGUAAGAUCGAACACCGGGGUUUCGGUGUGUUUUUGGAAGUUCAGGUAAGCGUAAGGCUCGUCUUCCAAGAUGAUGAAGUCGUGCUCAUCAGCCAAUUAGACCCCCAGUUCUCCAGUAGGUACUUGAGGUUCUCGACAAAGCUGAACGUUUUGUCUGGACCAAAGUCGAGUUUCAAAGGAACCGGCACUCCGCCAAGAUUUGCCAAGGAGUUCAGAAUUGGGAUAAAACUGAACUCCUCCACCAAGACCGUAUCCCCCCUUUCGAUAAAAGAGUCGAACGUCUUGUCAAUUCCGUUGCUUCCUCCGAGGGUCAUCAGAGUGGACCAGUCCUCGUAG